CCUAAUCGGUGCUCUAGGCGGGCCCAUCGCUUAGGCGGAUCCAGGCGUGCGCCUAGGCGUGAUAGAGCGGAGAAAAGCGGCGAGGAGGCGGCGCAAGGCAGAGCAAGGCGGACCGGAGAUGGAGCGGGAGAGGUUGCAAGCAUGGACGGGAAGGAGCGAGAAGAUCGCUAGAAAAUGGAGAAGAUUGCGGGAAGUUUGCUGGCUGAAGGAAAGGAGAGAUUAGGGUAGGCUUUGCAUAUAUAUACACACAAAAGGGGUGGCGGCGGCUCGAUCUAUUCCGUCGUCGCUUCGUCCUCCGGCUGCCGAGACGAAGAGAUUCACCUCAUCCUCUCACCACGCAGCCAUGGCUUCUUCAUCCCCGCCAUCCCGCGCAGCCAUCUGAGGUCCCGCCUUCUUCCGUACUAUAGUUGUUCUCGACAGCUCAUACUACGAGGAGGUUAAAGACGGCUGGUCAUAUCUAGCACCUGAAGAAGCAACAGAAGUAUCAGCUAGUCUGAAGGUAAUCAGGCUGGGCACUAUUGAUGUUAAUGACGUUCGUUCUAUAAUUGUCUCAGUUAAUUAAGUUAUAUACAUGGCAUGAUGCCAAGAUGGGAUACUGGACGGUACUAGUAGUAGAGUAGAAGAAGGAUCAUAUUCUGUUGCAUGAUGCCAAAAUAGGACGGUCACAGUAGCUGCUACUAUUACACUAGUCUAAAAAUAGGGUCAUAUGCGUGAGUGUGGUUGCUGUUAAUCUUGAAUGUACAUAUAUGAGGUUAUUUCACAUCAUACUUUAAAUUACUAUAUCAGAGGUGUUGUUCAGUUGGCAUAAAAAGAGAAUUGCUUCUGGAUCGGUAUGAAGCAUUGCAAGACAAAAUAAUUUCCGAAUGCUACACAUUUAUUAGCUUGUAAGUUGCAAUGCAAAAAAUAUGUUCUUUUUGGUUUCCUCCGUGUGGUAGUUUUUGUAUUAUCUAUUUAGUGUUUACUUCACGGCAGAAAGUUUCUUGGAAUUUGUCGAUAUACAGCUUCUUGCCUACUUUAUAUCGCUCUGCAUAUAUUAUGAAAUUUAAUAAUUUAUAUUGCUUCAGUUCUAGGAUCUGGACAUACGCAUACACGUACAAAUAAACUUUAUUGCGUUCUUACUUCGAUUAUUCUCUGCAUUUAUGCCUACCUGUGGUCUAGACUUUGGUAGAUCUGGUCCAUUUUUUUAGAAUCAGCAAUGCGAAUUACUGAGCUAUUACUUGUUGUGUAUUUGAUUAUUUGUACGAUGUCCGACACAAAUGCAACAUCGGCAUCGCAGGAAGAGAAUGUCCUUAAGAGAAAGUCAGAUGAUGUGGGAUGGGAGUACGGGAGUCUAGCUGAUGCUUCCAACAAGGAUAAAGUGAAGUAUAUGUUCUAUAACCAUGUGAGCACGGGAGGUGUUUAUCGUCACAAGCAGCAUGUGGCUCAUAUUGGUAAUGUUGUGGUCAAAUGCAAGAAAAGCUCUCAGGAAGCUAAAGACAGGUGCAAGAAAUCUCUUGAGGAUGCAUCUAAUAAGAGGAGGGAAAAGACUGCCCGUGAGCAAGAGCUUAGACAAAGUGUGAACAUUUCUCGCGUUGGAGAUGAAGAAGCUGCUCAUAUCGGAAGCACAGAGCCACACAAAUUAGGUCCUAUUGACAAGUGGGCACAGCCUAUUGAUCCUAAAUUGACUCAAGCUGAAGCCUUGCAUCAACAGAAGAUAAACAAGGAAUUUUGGAAAAAGAGAACACAUGAAGUGCAACAGUAUGUGGCUAGAUGGGUGUACAAUCAUGCUAUACCAUUCAAUGCUUGUGACAACGAUGAUUUCAAGUUAAUGUGUGAAGCCAUUGGGAGGUUUGGUCCUGGAUUUGAGCCGCCAUCUAAACAUGACCUUCGAGAGACUUUGCUGAGUGAGGAACAUGCAAGAGUGAAGAGUUUGCUGCAAGAACGUGAUGCUGAAAAGAUGAAGAAUGGCUGCUCCAUUAUGACUGAUGCUUGGUCAGAUAGGAAGAGGAGAAGCAUAAUGAACUUGUGCACAAACAAUGCUGAUGGUUCUAGUUUUAUAAGUUCGAGUGAGAUGUCGGCUGUAUCGACACAAGUGAAGUCAUCUUCCAAUUAGUGGAUGAAGCAAUUGAAGAAGUAGGUCCUGAAAAUGUGGUCCAAGUAGUGACUGAUAAUGCUUCUAAUAACAUGGGGGCAAAGAAGAUGUUGUUGGAGAAGCGGCCGAACAUGUUUUGGAGCUCUUGUGCGACGCACACCAUUAACUUGAUGUUGCAAGGAAUUGGCGAUCUGCCAAGGUUUAGUAAGGUACUUGAAAAAGCAAAAGCAUUCACUAUCUUUGUCUAUGGGCACACACGGACCUUGGACUGCAUGAGACACUUCUCUUCAGGGAAAGAGAUCAUAAGGCCACGGGUCACUAGGUUUGCUUCUGGUUAUCUAACUUUGGAAAGCCUUCUAGAAAAAAAGGAUCAACUGAGGAAGAUGGUGGUUGAUGGUAGAUGGGACAAACUAAGAGAAGUUAAAUCAAAAAAGGGAAAGGUAGCAACAACUACGAUGAUGAGCAUGGCUUUUUGGAAAGAUUUGAAGCUUUGCCUGAAUGUCUUUGAGCCUUUGGUAAAAGUCCUUCUUUGGUUGAUGGGGAUGUCAAGCCAUCUAUGGGUUUUGUCUAUGGAGAAAUAGUGAAGGCAAAGAAAGAGAUCAAGGAAGUCUAUGGCAAUGUGGAGUCACGUUACAAAGAUGUGAUUAAUAUUGUUGAGAAAAAGAUGAAAGAUCGACUUGACUCUCCGUUGCACUUGGCUGCAUACUUACUGAAUCCAUAUUAUAGCUAUGCUGAUACUAAUAUUUUUGAUGAUGGGACAAUAAUCGAAGGGUUCAUUAGCUGUGUGGAGACCUUUUAUUAUGGUGAUGAUGACAAGCAAGAUCAAGCUGUCAAUUUUGAAUUAAAGAGAUUCCAGAAUAGAGAAGGAUCAUUUGCAAAGAAGCUUGCGAGGAGUUGUCAGAAUGUUGAUUAUAAUGCAGCAUCUUGGUGGAGGCUCUAUGGAACUGAAGCACUAGCUCUACAAAGGAUGGCUGUGAGAAUCCUCUCAUUGACCUCAAGUUCUUCGGUCUAUGAAAGGAAUUGGAGUACCUUCGAAAAUGUUAGUCUCCUACUCUCUAAUCUCACAUCUAGCUAGAGUACUCUGUCACAUGUCAAAACGUUCCCUGUUCUUAAUCCUUAUGUUCAUACAAAGAAAAGAAACAGGCUAACUACAGAACGUCUAAACUCUCUUGUGUUCAUACAAUUCAACUCGAGAAUGAUGGCCAAGAAACAAAUGAUCAAGGAGAAGAAGAUCAUUGAUGUCCUCUUAUCCGCUGAAACUACUGAAGCUCAAGGUUUUAUUUUUGAGGGCAGAGAUGAUUAUGCAGAAAUCGUCUAUAGGGAUGAUGAGGAGGAGGAUAUGGAUAGUACAGGGAUGCCAGGGAGUGGCAUUGGAGAAGCGAUGAGAGUCAAUGAAUUGCUCGAGCCACGUAGAAGUGCGAGACUAAGACAACUUUAUGAAGAAGAAGAAUUCGAUUAUGAAGAAGAGGAGUUUGAUGAUGAUGAGGAGAUGCAUUCAGAUGAGGAGAAUGACUAUUGAUAAUUGAGGAGGCCCAAAUGCAGGGUGUCUUUUCUUAAGUACUUUUUUUUAUCACAUAUCUUUAUUUCAUUGAGUCAAACUGUUCGUGUGUGCGUCCAUGUGGAAUUUCCCUUUUUGAUUGUGAGAGAAGUCUUCCCAAUAAGAUUCUAGGAAUUAAAGAACUUCAUUUUGAUGUGUGAACUGUUGAGCUCAUAAUUUAUAAUGCUAUGCUAAUUGGGUCU